CGCCGCAUUAUUGGUGUCGGAGGAAUAGCGUCCCAUCGUUGGUUGGGGGGGUGGGGGGGGUGGGAUAGUGCCCCAUCAUUGGUGUCAGUGGGGGGGUGGGAUAGUGCCCCAUCAUUGGUGUCAGUGGGGGGUGGGAUAGUGCCCCAUCAUUGGUGUCAGUGGGGGGGUGGGAUAGUGCCCCAUCAUUGGUGUCAGUGGGGGGGUGGGAUAGUGCCCCAUCAUUGGUGUCAGUGGGGGGGUGGGAUAGUGCCCCAUCAUUGGUGUCAGUGGGGGGGUGGGAUA